AUGGACGAUCCGGAGGUGUUGCUGCCGGCGAUCGAGCGGCGGACAAAGCAGCUGCGGCAGCAGGAGCAGAUGCUGCGGGAAGCCGUGACGGCCGCGUCGCGCAGGAAGGAGACGAGCGCAGCGGCGCUUAAGACCGCCGAGGACGCGCACCAGCAGCUGCUGCGCGCUCGAUUCCCCGCGCUUAACGCCCAGGUGAAUGCGCAGCUGGACGCCAUGGCCGCCCAUGCCGCCGCCAUCGCCGCCUUCCUCUCCCCCGCGCGCCCGGGAUCACUAGCGAUGGUGGCGGGGGUGGAGCCACUACUGGAAGCGCAAGAGGAAUUGGCGCUGCAGCACGAGGUGUGGAAGCGACGCCAGUUCGAUGAGGGACCGUCGAGGGCGGUGGCGCAGGAGGGGUUGGGGCAGUACUCGCCGUGUGACCUCAACGACCUGCACGCUGGCGUCGUGGGGGAGGGGGAUGGAGGCUCCCACGACACGCCAGACGCCAUUUACCGGCGCAACAUCAGGGAGCUGAAACACGGCAUGCGGAGCAACGCCACGUGGCAGCCAUGGUGGACGAGGCCCGCUGGACCGUCAGGGGGAGGGCGCUGGGCAGGUGAGUCAGUGGGGGAGAUGGGGGAGGGGGAGAGGUGCACAAGUGAGAGCAGUGCCACGUGGCAGCCAUGGUGGACGAGGCCCGCUGGACCGUCAGGGGGAGGGCGCUGGGCAGGUGAGUCAGUGGGGGAGAUGGGGGAGGGGGAGAGGUGCACAAGUGAGAGCAGCGCCACGUGGCAGCCAUGGUGGACGAGGCUCGGUGGACCGUCAGGGGGAGGGCGCUGGGCAGGUCAGGGAGGGGAGUUUGGGCAUGGUGUAAACGUGUCUGCAUGUGCGUGUGGUUGCAUGUUGGUGCAUGCACAUGUUCAUGUGCAUGUGCAUGCACACCCCCUGCUCUCAUCCCACCCCUUCCUCUCAAACCAACCCCCUUCCUCCCCCUCUCCCCCACUCCUCCCCCUUUCCCCCACUCCUCCCCCUCUCCCCCAACUCCUCCCCCUCUCCCCCAACUCCUUUCCCUCACCCCGCGCCCUCCUCAUCAUUCCCUGCCCCCCCGUGACCGUCUACCCCGCCCCCCUCGCUCACCACUCGCAGCAGCAGCAACAGUGGCGGCAGCAGCAGGGGGGCAGGAGGGAGCGCGGGGCAGAAAGGGGUGGGGCAGGGGGGUGGCGGGCAGGGGGGUGCGGAGGGGCCAGAGGGGAGGAGGCGGAGGAGGCGGCUGGAGGAGUUGAAGGCGGAAGUGGCGCGUGCGAGAGGCGUGGCGACUACGAGCUCAAGAUUCAACGGCAGUGCUUCUACCUCGCCAACAUGCACCAGCUGCUGAGUCAGCAGUACUGGCAGCUGGCUGCCAACGUGGCACUGCAUGGAGCCGUCCUAUUGGACGCGCACCACCUGGAGCGCACCCGGCAGCUGCUGCUCCAAUUGCAUUGCAACACGUCAGCAGCCAUGAGCGACUCUAAAGCCCGCAAGGCGGCCUACAAGGCACUUGCGGCACAGGCCACUGCCCCCACUGCCCCCACCGCCCGCACCGCCGUGCCAUCCUUAUCCUCCCACCUCCCGCCCCCCUCCUCCUCCCUCCCCGUCGCCGCCUCCCUCCCCCUCUGGCCCGCCCUGCUCUCCGCCCUCUCCCCCCACGCUGCUCAAGGGGAGCCACUCGGGGCAGCAGGGAGGGGAGGCGCGCAGGCAGCAGGGGGAAGGGAGGGGGAGAGUGCGGGGGAGGUGGUGGGGCGGCUGGUGGAGGGGCUGAGGGGGAGGGCGCAGGGGGAGGGGGAGCGGGUGCAGCAGGGGUUGGAGCAGAGCGAACGGCUGUUGGCACACAUGUCAGUGGGCUGGCAGGGGGGGUGUGAGGGGCAGGGCGUGCGAGGGGCAGGGUGGGUGUGUGAGGGGUUACAGCGGUGGGAGGUGGUACCCCUUCGGUUUCCAUCUCAAUUGUUGCACCGUCGGUUCGCCUCAUCUCUCUUUCUGCACCCCGCCUCUGCUGCUCUGUCUCUUCCCUCCCGUUCCCCCCCACGGGCCUCUGCCUCGCUGUGUGCCCCCCGGGUGACACAGGGCGGGCAUGCAGGCGGCCAUGGUGGAGCUGCUCUCAUCGCCGCAUGCCACUCCCUCCUCCACCGCCGCUCAUGCCAUGCCUCUGCACCUCUCGCCCCCUAUGGAAACGUGCACUGUGUGCCCUUGCAUCCUCCUCUGCUGCUCCCCUUCCUACCACCAUAUGCACCAUCACCCCAAUUAUCCCCCCCUUGCAACGUCACCCUCCCCACCUCCGCCCCAAUUGCUGCACCCUCUUCUCAAUCCCCUUCCCCCCACUCCCCACCCUCCCUCCCUGCACCCCUUUCAAGCGCCAUGCACUCCCAAGCCAUGCACCGUUCAGCUGCAAGCAUCGCCUCACUUCCCCCCAUCCCCCCCUUGCCCCUCCCUGCGCCCUCCUCAGAGCGCGGUGCACGCCCCAAGGCACGCCACCCGGCAGCGAGUGCUGCAAGAAGUUUCUCAUUAUCUCUUCCCCACUCCCCGCCUGCCCCCCUGCACCCUCCUCAGAGCGCGGUGCAGGCCCCAAGGCACGCCAUCCGGCAGCGAGUGCUGCACUCCUUCUUCUCCCCGGGCGCCCUGCCCCACGCGCUGCUGCUGGCACACCCCGCUCAGGGGGGAGAGGGCGAGGGGUUGCGGUCCGAGGUUGCAGGGCGGGAGGUUCGAGAGACUCAAGGCAGGACGGAUGGGCAGGAGAGGGAGAGCAGGGGCGGUGGUGGUGAGGGCAUGGGCAUGGACGAUGACAGGGGUGAGGGCAUGGGCAUGGAGGGUGGGAUGCAUGUGGGCAUGGGGAUGGGCAUGGAGGAGGACGAUGACAGUAUCAUCUUCUAA